AUGUCUGUGGAGUCGAGCUCAGGCGAUCAUGGCGGCCAUAAUAUCAGAGGGGUGCCCACUCAUGGCGGAGGAUAUGUUCAGUACAAUGUGUACGGAAAUCUAUUUGAAGUUUCUAGAAAGUACGUGCCGAUUAGGCCCGUGGGGCGUGGGGCUUAUGGCAUUGUUUGUGCGGCUGUAAACUCGGAGACCCGUGAAGAAGUCGCCAUUAAGAAGAUUGGGAAUGCCUUUGACAACAGAAUUGAUGCAAAGAGAACAUUGAGGGAAAUUAAACUUCUUCGCCACAUGGAUCAUGAUAAUGUGAUUGCAAUUAGAGACAUUAUUCGACCUCCUCUUAAAGAAAGCUUCAAUGAUGUCUACAUUGUGUAUGAACUUAUGGACACUGAUCUUCAUCAGAUUAUUCAGUCCACACAACCAUUGACUGAUGACCAUUGUCGGUACUUUCUCUACCAAAUCCUUCGAGGGCUCAAGUACGUUCAUUCGGCCAAUGUUUUGCACCGUGACCUUAAACCGAGCAACUUGCUGCUCAAUGCUAAUUGUGAUUUGAAAAUCGGGGAUUUUGGGCUUGCUAGGACAACAUCGGAGACCGAUUUUAUGACAGAAUAUGUUGUCACUCGCUGGUACCGAGCACCUGAAUUGCUCCUAAAUUGUUCCGAAUACACUGCUGCUAUCGAUAUAUGGUCCGUGGGUUGCAUACUUGGUGAAAUCAUGACAAGAAAGCCUCUUUUUCCUGGUAGAGAUUAUGUUCAUCAGUUGAGACUUAUAACUGAGCUCAUAGGCUCUCCAGAUGAUGCGAGUCUUGGGUUUCUUAGGAGUGACAAUGCCCGAAGAUACGUUAGGCAGUUGCCUCAGUACCCGAGACAACAAUUUUCUGCUCGGUUUUCCAACACUUCUGCUGGAGCUCUGGAUUUACUAGAGAAAAUGCUCGUUUUUGACCCAAGCAAGCGAAUUACUGUUGAUGUGGCCCUUUGCCAUCCUUACUUGGCACCUUUUCACAACAUUAAUGACGAGCCCGUUUGCCCUCGGCCUUUUGUUUUCGAUUUUGAGCAGCCAUCAUUUACCGAGGAGAACAUAAAGGAACUCAUUUGGAGGGAGUCCGUAAAAUUCAACCCGGACCCUUCUCAUUAA